AUGAGAGACAAUGUUACCGACGGGAGAAUACUCGGUACCAAUGUCCCGGAAGGCACACCUUCCGCGCGCAGUUGCGCCCUUGUCUACGCCGGGGACGAGGCCCUGGCGGUGGUACACGCGAUGUCGUUGCUGGGUGCAGUGCUCAACUGUCUAGAAGAGUUACGCGAUAAACGUGGCCUCUUGAUAUGCAAACGAACUAGCUGGGAUGCCGCGGUGGCGCUUCUUGGCAGGAGUCUGUCCGACAACUUCGACAGCUGCAUCACGCCUUGCAGCGCCUUGCAUGAGUUAUACGAGUCGAAUUGCACUACCCAAUCGUCACUGGAAAAGCUAUUUGGCCACGCAUUUAGAGUCGGUUCUUCGGUGUUGAACGCCGCAAAGCAAAGCGAAGGCUGGGAUAUGCUCAAUGACGUGAUAGACGGUCAACUCUGCUCCCAGUUGUCCAACGCCAGUAUGCACACUUCCCUGACGCAGCAAAAUGCAGCAAUGACACAAGCCGUUGGUGAUACGCAGAAACAAACGUAUACAAGCUUCUCGGGAGGUAACACGAUAUACCGCUCCAUGCAGCGAAUUCUCGCGAUGGAGCGUAGCCGUGAAAACACCCUGGAUAGACUUCUCGUCCGUUUUGUCGACCAAAUACCGCUGGAAUCUACCUCAGGGAAGAGAUCGAGCGCAUUCAACCCAUUUGUAGAACCUGGGCUAGAAAUGAAGUGGAACUACAUUCAAGCAGCCAACGAGAUGUGUGACCAUCCGCCUGACAUUGGCGUGACGGUUGUAGCGGGCCUCUCACAUAUGAACUUGAUCCGCCAUAAUGCAGCGGCAAAUGCAGAAGAGGCGAACAACAGCGAUGACGGAGAACAUCGAAUAUCAAGCAACUCUUCAGACGUCAAAAGUAAUCCUACCAUGCACCCGUUUGAUGGGUCAGACCGAUUCAGCUGGGAUGAUGAAGGGAAGCGUCAAAGCGUUCGCCUUAGGAGCCUGAAAUCGUACACGUUUUGCAUAGCCCUCACGCUUAAUGCGCUCAACGUGAACUUGACCAGGCUUGCGACACCAAAUGGUUGGUUACCAAAAUUGUUCAUGAUUGAGCCCUUGCCCAGUAAAAAUGAAGAUCAGCAGCAAUUUGUCGGAUUCCUCAGAAGCAGGUUCCAAUUCCUCUAUCGACUAGAAUAA